AUGUUUAAUUCGUGGCUAUGGACUGGUCAACGGCGGAGUUCAUUCGCAUUGAUGACUGCUCUUGCAAGGACCAUCACGCAACUUCAUGCAAUGGUCCGGUUCCGGCUCAUGUAUCUUCGAUCUCAAAAUCGCCACCAUGUCACCUGGUGGACAAACAAAAGAGCAGAGUCGUUUGGACAGGCGGAGAUUUCGGUCCACCUAAGGCUCAAUAUUAACAGCAUCCGUGCCGUUCUCAGACCAUUGCUUCCUCUCCUCGACUUCGGUGCUAUCGACGACACGGACAUCCCGAUCACUAUUGAGCCUUUAGCCGAGGGUACAUGGAACCAGACAUUCACCAUUUCCAAGGAGAGCGGAGACAGACAUUUCGUCUUUCAAGUUCCACAUGUGUACGCAUACGACUCGUCCUCCGACAAUGCACUUGGGUACGAAUGGAUCCUGAUGGACAAGAUUGCGGGAUCUUCCUCAUUUUAUGACCUGCAGUCAGACAUGUCGACAGAGGAGAAACUCGAUGUUGCUCGGACGGUGGCCGAUUGGGUUCAUCAACUCCACAGCCUCCAGUUUGAGACUUGUUGCGAGGCCGAGGUUCGAGAUCCUAGGCAACAUCUUCGGGCCCGUUAUGACUCUCUUUUGGGUCAGGUUAAAAUGGUCGGCGACUACCGUGCCGGGGCGAAAUUCGCCGUCUAUAGCGUGGACAAAGAAUUUAGUGACAUUCCCGAGCAAGAACGCGAUGCCAGGUUGGACAAAAUCAAGUCAACAGCCGAAGCCGAGCUUGCCACUCUGGAGGACAUCAACGCUGUCAAGCAAGGAAACGAUUUCAUAGACUGGGAUACGACCCGGUACACCAUCACACAGGGACUGGCCAUCGAAGUCGACCGGUUCUCCGAGAUGCUCGAGCAAUGCUCCGAUUGCUCCGAGAUCCUAGACAUCCUCUACAGCCCAUCAAUAUUAGCGACACAUGCGGAAACAUCUGUUUCCAGCACGAUCCUCUUCCACUGGGACAUAUCAUCACACAACAUCCUCGUUGACAACAACAUGCACCGCGUAACGGCACUCCUGGACUGGGAGCAGAUCCACACCCUUCCUCGCUUCGUGAUACCAGGCGCGUAUCCCCCGGUGCUACAACCUGACUGGGGAAUGCAGCCGGACAGUCGAUCCCAUUUGUCAGAGUGGGAUGGAGAGGAGGGCGACGAUAAACCACAGGCUCGGCUUCACAGAGAAAUGUGCUGGGACAAACAGCUCAUGCGCGGGGCGUUUCGCGAGCGUCUGAAGCAGCUGGAUUCCCCGUGGCUCUGCGUGAUCAAGACGUUCUCCGAGCGGGAGGAGAGGGAAAGGAUGAAGGAAGAGACCGGAUGGGACGCUGACUCCACUGACUCGGAUGAUGUUGAUGCCGGCCAGGAGACACCCCCUAUGAUGUGGAGUGAUUUGGUAGCUGAGGCAUUUCGGAUCAUCCAAGGUCUUGACGGUGUCGGGAUUGACGAGGCAAGAGACUUGUUGGAAGAGUGUAAGAAGUUUGCUGGGCUUGACUCUGACGCUAGUUCCUGACUUCGAC